CUUUUCGAACAAUGGUGUAUCAGGUACUAUGGUUUCAGAUAAUGAAUUUUAGUCUUCUAGAGCCCCAGAAUGACACUAGAAAAAAACAGAAGGAACCUCCGGAACAAGCAAACCUGCCUUCUAGAAAACAAUCUUCCAGAAAACGAUGACAGACCAUACAGUUUCAAGUGGACUCAGGGGAAUCAAUUAGAGUGCAGGUGAUGUGGAUAUACGAUCUCAAAUUACAACUUAUGGGAAGCAAAUCAAUUUUGAUUGGGUUACAAUACUUGUCCAACUCAGCUGGAUCCAAUUUUCCAACAUGCGCUGUUAGUGGCCUUGUUGCUGAUGCAAGAACCCUCAUAGAACGUGCACGUACAGAGGCAGCUCAUCAUUGGUUCGUAUACAAUGAAAAAAUGACUAUUGAGGAUGUGACUAAAGCUGUGAGUAACUUGGCUCUAGCAUUUGGUGAUGAUGAUAUGGAGUCUGGUGCAAUGAGUCGUCCAUUUGGUGUUGCUUUAUUAUUUGCUGGAGUUGAUGAACGUGGUCCACAAUUGUAUCAUAUGGAUCCAAGUGGAACUUAUAUUCGAUAUGAGGCUAAAGCAAUUGGUUCCGGUUCUGAAGGUGCACAACAAGCGUUACAAGAAAUAUAUCAUAAGAAUAUGACAUUACAUGAGGGAUGUAAACAUGCUUUAUCAAUUUUAAAACAAGUUAUGGAGGAAAAACUGGAUUCAACCAAUGUUGAAAUGGCAACUGUUAGUAUCAAAGAUAAUUAUCAUUUAUUCAAUAAAGAUGAAGUUCAAAGAAUCAUUGAAGAAAUUAAUCAACCAUCAUCAUGAUCAUCUGAAACCAUGUUGAACUACAUCCAUUAUGGUAUUAUAUAUACAUAUACAUAUUUUCACGAAACAAUCCUGUUUUCUUUCUUUCUCUUAUCCGUUUGUUUAAUAGUAAAUUCUGAAUGAGAACGAUGUGUAUUGUUUCUAAUUCGUUUGGUUUAUUUGUAUGUUUAUGUAAAUUUAAUAUAAAGUUUAAUGUAGUCAUUGAAUUGUGAUGAUAUACGUGUAUGUAACAAGUUGUUGUUGUUGUUGAACGUUAUGUCAUCAGCUGUUUUUGUUGGUUUUUUUUGUUUGUUUCAAAAUAGUUCAAUGUUGAAUAAACUUUAUUGAUGUAAACUUAAAGUAAA